AUGCCCGAUACUCCCCACAUUAUAGAUUCAUGCGGAGAUCAAACUGCCCGCCAUCCGAGAUUGCAUGUACGGAUCUCAGCGCUCGCGUCGGAAGCAUCGGCAAUGCACGAGCGCCUUGUUGUGCACUGCCUGUUCACUGGACACGCAAGGUACUUUCGUCGGAACAUGGGCGUUGAGAAUGCUUUAGGCGGUUUCAUAGUAACGAAUACCUUCAGCGGUAGCGGCGUACGUUUCGUCGUACGGAACCGGAGCCAGUGCAACUCGCUGGUGGUGCCUGGGUUCCGCGCGAGGCGGCGUACGCGCUGCGGAGCACUUGCUCGCGUACGGGGGACAGGUUCGGCGCCAGGGGGUACCCCCGACGCCGAAGCGAGGCACCGUCCCAAGCCUGGUGAGCGAGGGCUCUUCCCGCUCGUUGCACCACGUGAGGAUAUCGGGCGCUAUUUCGUUGGAGAGCGUCGGAUUUUGGACGAACGCACAGCGCGCUAUCCGCUACGCUCGACGGUAGAGGAAGUGCUGGCGGGCAUUACGGUGGCGAUGGCGCUGCUGCCUGCGGCGGCGUCUUGCGCGUUGGCCACGGGCGUGCCGCCGCUCGCUGGAAUCGUCUCGACUGGUCUCCUGUGUGCGAUAACUGCCGCACUGGGAGGACGCCCUGGCAUGAUCUCGGGAACAUCUGCAGCGCUCAUUAUUCUGCAAGCGCCUCUCUAUCAACAGUACGGCGCAGCAGCGGUCGCUGCCGCCGUGGUGCUCAGCGGUAUACUCCAGCUUUUCUUCGGGAUCUAUCGUUUGGGAAAGUUUGUGCGGCUGAUAUCGUACCCUACCUUUCUGGGAUUCAUCAGCGGCAUCGCCAUCUUGACGGCGACAAGUCAGGUCUAUGCGUUUCAGCUUCCAGCGGGAACCGGGCUGAGCCCGGGCGCACCCUGGCUCCAGGGUAACAUGUUGCGUGCAGCGUUGAUCGUCGCAGCGCUCGCCGCUGGAGUCGCCCAUGUAUGGCCCUUGAUCAUUCAGCGACUAGAGCGCCGGCGCCCCGAUAGUACCCAUCGGUGGCAGCACCGCCUCGCUGAGCUGUUGCGUUGGCUCCCAAGCCCACUAGCGGGCAUCCUCGUGGCAUCCAUUUAUGCGGAGGUGACGCAAGCGCCUGUGCGGCGGCUUGGCGACUUUUUGCGCGACACGCUGGCACAGUCAGGGGCCAUUGGCGUAUCCUGGGCAGCCCUGCCGUCAACACCGCUGGCAUGGAUGGCCAUUCUGAGCACCGCGCUUGGUCUCGCAUUCAUCGGUCUUUUGGAAUCUCUUUUAACCAUGACUUUGGUAGACGAAGUCACGGAAUCGCGGGGUAGCACGCGUCGGGAGUGUCUAGCGCUUGGGGCAGGGAAUAUCGCCGCGGGCUUAUUCGGUGGCGUGGGCGGCUGCGGCCUCCUGGGCCAGUCGCUUCUGAACACGAAAUCAGGGGGACGCGGGCGUCUCUCUGGACUGACUGCGGCGCUGUGUCUUCUCGUGUUGGCGAGAAAUCCGAGCGGACUGAUGAUUCGGAUUCCCGUCCCAGCCAUUGCAAGCCUUAUGGUGCUGGUGGCGCUGGGCUCAUUCGAAUGGGCAUCGCUGCGCUUGUUUCGUGCCAUACCUCUCGCUGAUUCGCUGACCAUUGUGAGCGUUGCCCUGAUGACUGUAGCAACGCGCAACGUCGCCCUGGCGGUCCUGUUUGGUGUGGUAUUCUCGGCGCUGGUCUUUGCCUAUAAAGCGUCGCGACGCAUUACCGCCCAGAGCUUUAUUUCGGAGGACGAGCAAACGCGCGGAUGGCGGGGAUACCGGAUUGACGGUCCGCUGUUCUUUGGCACGGCGGAGCGCUUCAGUCGUCUGUUCGACCCAGCACGGGAUCGUGCCGAAGGCCAUGAGCACGUGAUCAUCGACUUCUCUGGUAGCCGCAUCUGGGACGCGACAGCGCUAGAGGCGCUAGACUCCCUAGCCCGUCAGUAUAGGAGCUAUGGUAUUCGGCUGCAUCUGUGGGGUCUGUCUCGAGAUAGCGCACGUCUGCUGCGCGAGGCACGCGCCUACAUCGACGAGAGUGUCACGAACGAGAAUGCGCUCUACUUGUACGAGCGGGUUGUAGCCGACUAUCCCACAAACGAUAGUCUAGAGGUUGAGUACGAGCUUUUCGCGAAAAGAGAAUCGGGGAAUGCAGCGUAA